UGUGCGUCAGCUCCAGUCGCCCAGCCACACAGGAGAAAGAGGAGGCGCUCAGUCAACGAUACGAUACUUCAGCAAUCUUUAUUUUUCAACGAUUGUUUUUGUUUCAAUUGACAUAUCCAAUACGCGCCUGGGCCAGUCUAUCAGUACACUUUACCCCCGCUCUGGCACACUCGCAACCCGAAAUGAGCGGCAGCGGGCGGCCCAGGACUAGCUCGUUUGCUGAGCCUCCGGGGGUCCCGGGAGCCGCUGCAGCCGCUACUGGAACAGCCGUCGCCGGUGGAAGCUCGUCAGGAAAGACCGGGGGCGCGCAGGCCUCUGGCGGGAGUUCGUCUGGUUUCGGAAACUUAAAGCUGGGCAGAGAUAGCGGGAAGGUGACGACAGUAGUAGCCACGCCAGGGCAAGGUCCCGACCGCCCUCAGGAGGUCUCGUACACGGACAUCAAGGUUAUCGGAAAUGGUUCGUUCGGGGUGGUGUACCAGGCUCGCCUCAUUGACAGCCAGGAGAUGGUGGCCAUAAAGAAGGUGCUUCAGGACAAGAGGUUUAAGAACCGUGAGUUACAGAUAAUGAGGAAGUUGGACCACUGUAAUAUUGUCAGGCUACGCUACUUCUUUUACUCCAGUGGAGAAAAGAAAGAUGAAGUGUAUCUAAAUCUGGUGCUUGAUUUUGUACCAGAAACCGUGUACAGGGUGGCACGCCACUUUAACAAGUCCAAGACCACCAUCCCCAUUAUCUAUGUCAAAGUGUAUAUGUAUCAGUUAUUUCGCAGUCUGGCGUAUAUUCAUUCCCAAGGUGUCUGUCACCGAGACAUCAAACCACAGAAUCUCCUGGUGGACCCAGACACAGCUGUACUCAAACUGUGUGACUUUGGCAGUGCAAAGCAGUUAAUUCGUGGGGAACCCAACGUGUCGUACAUCUGUUCGCGGUACUACCGUGCCCCUGAACUGAUAUUUGGAGCCACAGAUUACACAUCCAACAUCGAUAUCUGGUCAGCCGGCUGCGUAUUAGCAGAGCUGCUGCUGGGGCAGCCCAUAUUCCCCGGUGACAGCGGAGUCGACCAGCUAGUGGAGAUCAUUAAGGUUUUGGGGACCCCCACAAGAGAACAGAUCAGAGAGAUGAACCCCAACUACACAGAGUUUAAAUUCCCACAGAUCAAAGCUCACCCUUGGACAAAGGUGUUUAAGCCGAGAACUCCUCCUGAAGCAAUCUCAUUGUGCUCUCGUCUGCUGGAGUACACACCGGUGACGCGUCUCUCACCGCUGGAGGCCUGUGCACACGCAUUUUUCGAUGAGCUGCGCCAACCAAACGCCCGUCUCCCCAACGGGCGAGAACUUCCCCAGCUCUUCAACUUUAGCCCUGUGGAGCUGUCUAUCCAACCACAGUUGAACUCCAUCCUCAUUCCUCCCCAUGCUCGCUCGCAGACAACACCUGCCUCCCACGAGGGCAGUGGUUCAGAUGGUCCAGCCCAGUCAAGCUCUGCACCGGGACCCUUGAGCAACAACACCUAAUUGUUCCCUUGGCAUUACUGCUAUCACACGAUGUUAUCACCCCUCUCUCCUCAUCCCUGCUUUUUCAUUCCUCUCUCCUUCUAACAACAGCUCCAAACGUCUCUCUUGCGCCCCCCUCUCUCUCUCACACACACUCGUCACCUUGUGUUCUGUAUAGUCAUCUCUUAUUGCAGAUCGAGUGUGGGAUGCCCAAAUGACAUUGGUCAUCUGAGGAGGAGAUGAUGAGGUUGACUAAAAUCAGUAUGCAUCGCAGCUCAAGGCUACAAGCGGGCUGUUUAUUGUCAUCAUGUUCAUCUUUAGGUUUGAGGACAGGGAAGGGCUGGUUAGGGCGUCUCUGCCCCAUAGUGGCAGGAAGAGCACCGCACAGUUACUGCUCUCUCUGCCACUGUAAUAUCAUCCAUUUGACAUUUUAAAUGAUAUCCAGUUUUUGAGCUCAUUUAGUCGUUUAAAUUUGAUUUUGUUCUUAAACUUUGAAACAUUUUAGCUUUCUUUGUGUUCUUGGACAAAAGCAAGAACCGUGAUGUGUUUUAUGAAGAGGUGAGCGUGAGAUGUCAGUGAUUGAAUCCAGAUGUGCGUCCGGAGAGUGUUUCUCUUUAAAAAUGGAGACAGACCUGUAUGAGCUAAAAUGGCUUGAGUGUCUUAAUAUGUGUGUAUGUUUCCUGGUGUUUUAAGUAAUCAUUGCACACACACUUUUGUGUUUUAAUUUCUUUUUAAAGAGGUAUUUGGAUAAGCUGAGACAGGGUUGUCUGGGGUUUUUGUUUUGUUGUUCAGUUUCAGUAUAACAAGUUUUACUUUAGUUUUUUUUGCAUGUACACACACACAGGCAAAUUCCUUCAAUAGUUGUGUUAGGAAUUUAUUUUAUUACAGUUUUAUAUUAUGAAUCUAAACCUGUGUGUGAGUAUGUGUACGUAAGUAUGUUCGUGGUUUUAACAGCUAUCAUGCUCGUUUAGAGCAAGACACACCAUAAAUCCCCCAAAACAUGUAGCAAAUGAGACUUACGAAUGGAGCUGUUUGUCUUUCACUUCUUCCAUCCCUAUCAUUGCUAAUAUGUAAAUGCCAUGUACCUUUUAUUUUGUUAUUUUUGUUAUUGUUAUUCUGAUGUCCUUUUGAUUUCCCCCUAGUGGAGUAGUGCUGGUACGAGCAGACGCCAGCCUUGUCCUCUCGCUCUUCUCGCCCAUUCUUUCACUUUCUCCUGUCCCCUCAUCAUUCAGCUGUAUAUAACAUUUCAUCCAGCCUCUCUAUGUGCAGAGAGGAAAACAAAACUGAACAAAAUUUUGUUUUUACCUGAUAUCUCUCGGUCUCUUUCUCUUACUCUCUCUCCUCGCCAGGCCUUCCCCCUCCUCAUCAGUGUUAAUUCUGAUCCUUUAUUUAUUGUAUUGCUGUCUGAUUCAGAUUUUUUUUAACAAUCUGAUGGGGGAGGGGUUUUGUGUGUGAUGUCAUGGGCAUAAUGUUCAUAAUGUUCUUCUGAUGGAAUGUUCUGGAAAGGGCAGGUUCACACUACCACACACAGGCUGCUCGGCCCAUCAGUGGAAAAAACAACGAACGGUUAAAAGGAGAGAGAGGGAGAGAUGAACAAUGUUUUUGUUUGUUGGUAUAAAUAAUAAACUCAUUAAUAAAGUUAUAA